ACUGGGGCAACUGAAGUUACUUUAUUAAAAUCAGGUUUAAACUUGUGACACAAUUAUUGCUGGUGUUACCUGGGAUGCUAGUGCAGCUUAAGGAAGUUAAAGCUGCUGGUGCAUGCCCCAGCAGAGUUUCUGGUUUUCAAGAUCUGGGAAAUCAGGUGUGUUGCCUUUCUGAGAAUUCCUAGCCACGAAAGUGCAUGGUGUACUGGAUUGAUGAUGCAGCUUUUGAUAAAUAAUAUCAUAAAUUUUUAAGGCAACUAGAAGUGUACUGUUGUCUCCCUCUUUCAAAGUGACUGAUUGUUUGCGGUGUCUUGUGAGACAUCUUAAAAGAGUAAAUCUAAAAAAACCCCAGAAGUGUAUGAAUCUCUGUCAAGUCUGCAAACACAUCUGAGAUCUCUGUAUUGUAUGCACUUCUUUUUACCUCUUUUUUGAACCCAUCAGAAAGAGCCUGUUCAGCUGAGUAGGUCUGUGAGGAAUUGCUCUUUCAUAUGUUGGAGUGUCUGAGUAGCUGUCACCAAACUUUGCCCCCAGGCACUUGUCCUGUAGUACCCAGGUGUCACCAAACACUCCACUCUGACUGAAGUCCACAGCAGUUACCUUGCACAGUUGUCAUGAGGGAGUGAAAACAAGUCUUGGAUCAAGAUCCCACAGGACUCUGGAGUAUUUGCUUUGCAUUUUUAGUUUUGUGUGUUUCCAAUGUUACCUUUGAACACUGACAGAAAAGGUGAUUCUGAGAGCCCUGAUGCACCUUGUUGUCUUAUCUUGUGUAAUUGUCAGGGUUUUGUACUAUUUAGAUUUUCUCUGGGUCUUAUCUUUCCAGCAUCAGGUGCUGAUAUAUCUUUUGAUUCUUGGGUGCACUUUUCUGUGUUUUAAAGUUAUGUUUUACAAUGCAUGUAUUUUGCUAAAGGCUUCUAAUUUAACAACUAGAGUAAUUAGGAAAUCCAAAUGGCAUCACACUGAUGUAUUACCACUCUUUUGCUGGCCCAGUGAAGGCAUCAUGGGUUUUCUUCUUGCUUGAUAACCCAACUAUUUUUAAUUGCAAUACAGACACAUGCUCAAUUAAGUAUUUGUUACCCUCUAUUGUUAUUGUAAGUUGUGUUAUUUCAUUGUUGGCAUUUUUUGCUGAAUUGUUUUGAAAACUAGGUUAAGAAAUUUAAUAUCUCCUUAAAGCAGAGUUAAGAAUGAAAUAGGAAAAUGAUCUGUGAAGUGUGCUCGUGUGGUUGAGGGGACUGUGUUUAGAACAGACCUCCUGUACAAAAAGGCUGCUGCUCUGCCCUCUGAACCAUUCCCACAGAGGAUCCACAGGGGAGCCCUGGGACCAGAUUCAUGUUUUACUAAUCCUGCCCUUGCAGUCUUAAGCAACUGGUACUAGGACUGUCGUUCUUGUCGUCUGUAUAUGAAUGUAAGCCCUAGUGCAAACAUCUGGGAGAGAGGGCUUCAGAUGUUAAUCUGGCCAGUAGGAAGGGCACAGGAAGGAUCUGAGCAAUGGGUCCUUGAGAACAUUUGGAAAUACUCCAGUGACACCAGGUUAUUCUUUAACACUUAAGACAACUAAGGGACGAUUAAUUCCAGAUUGUCUGAGGAACCAAGAAUCAGAGUUCAGCCAUAAGGUUUUGGUUGGGAAGAAAGUCAGGAGGGAUCAUUCUGUACUCUUUAAAUUCUAAACUUGAAAUAGCAAUUAAUUGACUCAGCUGUUGUCGUACAGGUGCUAGUCAGAGUUAGAGCUACGUCCUGCCCACCUGCAGUCAGGUAGCUGAUGAGUGCUGCAGGAUCCUGCCACUCCUGGCCAUACAGGCUGGUGAGGGAUGCACAGAGCUGUGUGGCUCAUGCCUUUCCUGGAUGUGAGGACUCACACCACACAGCCCUUCUGUUUCUGAGCAGCUUUUAUCUAAACAAAGUUACAGGCAGCUGCAGUUCAUUGAAUAAUAAAAAAUUAAUAAAAGGGCAGCACAAAUGAGGGUUGCUCUGUGAAGGUUGCACUAAAAUUCUCAGCAGCUUUUAACACAGUCACUGUCAGCAGUUUUGAUUUUCUAGGACAGAAUCCUUCCUGGGCCUUUUCUUAAACCUUAAAAUAAGUCAGAAUGAUUUAGCUGUUUUAUAGCAAUUGCUAUUAAAUUUCAGGAAAUGUGCACUUAGCAUGUGCUGUACCACCUGUAGAGUGUACAGGCUUUGCUGUUGUAAGAGCCUGGGCUUCUGAUGAUGGCUUUAAGCAAUUUGUGACAAUGUUGAGAAUGUGACUGUCUACUCUGCUAGAUAAACUGCUUUGCUUGAAUCUCCUCCUGCUCUCUGAGCCCCAGCUAUAAGGAAUGCAGAAAUCUCACUGAGGAUGUGGUUCCACAACCCUGCCCCAGCCCCGUGUGCUGGUGUGUAGCCGUUUAUUGAAUGAACUCUGUGGGUGGUGCCAAGGCAGUAGCCACCUCAUUGGUGCCUCAGAUAUGUUGCAAUUUCCAGGUCUGAUGGUUUUUUUCCAAGUGUACAGGCAGUGUGAGGAGAGGAAUGCUUUCUUUUCCUGUGCUCAUUACGAGGUGACGCCUGCCAAGGUGAGCAGGCCUUGUUGAACAGAGUGCAUCAGCGAGUGCAUGCAGCUGAUUUUCACCAAGACCAGGCUGGAGAGAGCACUCUUGCAGGAGCCUUGAUCUCUGGGAGUUCUGAAGGCUGAAAAAAUCGCAGAUCACAAAAUUUUCACCAUGAAGAGCUCCAGAAGUGUUUUCUAUCUCCUCUUCUUUCACACUGCUCUCGGCCUGGAGCGAGUCCGGUGGUGCACGGUGUCUGAACCAGAACUUUCCAAGUGUAAUGACAUGAGCAAGGCCUUCAGUGAGGCUGGCAUCCUUCCCCCUCUGGAGUGUACAGCAGGGGGGUCAGCUGCUAACUGUACCCAGAUGAUCAAGGAUGACUUGGCAGAUGCAGUGACCCUGGAUGGCCGUUGGAUUUUCCAGGCUGGAAGGGAGCAUGAUCUGAAACCUGUGGUUGGGGAAGUGUAUGAUCAAGAGAUUGGAACUUCCUAUUAUGCUGUGGCUGUGGUAAAGAAGAGCUCCAACAUCAGCAUGGGGAGCCUGAAGGGAGCGCGCUCGUGUCACACCGGCAUCAACAGGACUGCGGGCUGGGACGUGCCCGUGGGGCACCUCACUGCCACCGGGCACCUGGCACCAAUGGGCUGUGACCUUCCUCAAGCUGUAAGUGACUAUUUCAAUGCAAGCUGUGUUCCUGGAGCAAAUGGUGUGAACUAUCCCAAAUCCCUCUGUCAGCUCUGCAAAGGGGACUCAGAAGGACAGAACAAAUGUGAACUAAAUUCCCAAGAGCAAUACUAUGACUACAGUGGGGCUUUCAGGUGUUUGGCUGAAAAUGCUGGAGAGGUUGCUUUUGUGAAGCACAGCACAGUGCCUGAAUAUACAGAUGGGAGAAGCCUUUCCUCCUGGGCCCGGCGGCUGCGCUCUCGGGACUUCCAGCUGCUGUGUAGGGAUGGCAGCAGGGCUGAUGUGACAGAGUGGAGGAGCUGCCACCUGGCCAGAGUCCCUGCUCGGGCCGUGGUUGUGCGCCCUGACACAGACGGGACAGUUCUCUUCCAGCUCCUCAAUCAGGGACAACAAAGAUUUAAUGGGGUGGGUGCCAAGUUUCAGAUGUUCGACUCUGCCGUCUACGGUGCCCAGAAUCUUCUGUUCCGAGAUGCCACCACAGAGCUCGUGGCAAUCACAGCUCAGAAUUACCAGGCAUGGCUGGGUGAUGAGUACCUUCACGCUAUGCAAGCUCUGAACUGCAACCCCAAUACAAUGCCAGAAAGCCUGAACUGGUGUGUUGUGUCCACUGAGGAGAUUUGGAAAUGUGGUGAAAUGGCUGUUGCCUUUAGAAAAAAGAAUUUGAAGCCAGCAAUUCAGUGUAUUUCAGCCAAGACAAAGGAAGAGUGCAUGGAGCUGAUCCAGAAAAAGGAAAGUGAUGCUGUAGUUCUGGGUGGAGCUGAUAUUUACACAGCUGGGAAGACAUAUGGCCUUGUACCAGCUGCUGGAGAAAGUUACUCUGCUGAUGACAGCAGCAAUGCAUACUAUGCUGUGGUGUUAGUGAAACGAAAUCUGUCCAAUGCAUUCACCAUCAGUGACCUGAGAGGGAAGAAGUCCUGCCACACAGGCCUGGGGAGAAAUGCUGGAUGGAAUAUUCCCAUUGGUGUACUAAUUAAGAGGGGGAUUAUUAAGAACAGAGACUGUAAUAUUCCUCAAGCUGUGAGUGAGUUUUUCUCUGCCAGCUGUGUCCCUUCAGCUGAGCAGGACAAUUACCCAGCAAAGCUCUGUCAGCUGUGUAUUGGAGAUGAGAGUGGAAACAACAAAUGCAGUGCAAGUAGCCAAGAACGUUACUACAGCUACAGUGGAGCCUUCAGGUGCCUGGUAGAGGAUGCUGGGGAUGUGGCCUUUGUGAAGCACUCUACAGUGUUUGAGAACACAGAUGGUAAAAACACUGCUAGUUGGGCCCAAAAGUUGAAGUCCAGUGAUUUCCAGUUACUGUGUCCAAAUGGUGCCCGUGCUGAAGUCACCCAGUUUGCCAGUUGUCACCUGGCUCAGGUGCCAGCUCAGGCUGUUAUGGUUCACCCAGAUGUCAAUGUUUUUGCUCUAUAUGGACUACUGGACAGAGCCCAGGUUUACUUUGGAAAUAGCAGCAAUGGAAAUGGAUUCAAAAUGUUUGAUUCUUCAGCUUUUCAAGGAAAAGACUUGAUUUUUAAGGAUUCUGCUGUUGAGAUUGUGCCAGUGAAAGAGAGGAGAACAUACACAGAAUGGCUGGGGAGUGAAUAUAUUGAGUCCCUUGAAGGGAUGCAAACACCCCAGUGCUCUGGGGCAGGUAAUAAGAUAACACAAUACUCACUCAUGGCUACUGUCAUUCCCCUGCUUGCCCUGUGUCAGAUACAGGGCUUGGACUAGCACAGUCCAAGUGGGAACUUCCAGGCCACCUCUGCCCUGCCACCUUCUCUUCAGAAAAGCUGCUGUCUGGAUAACAUGCUGUGCUACCAUGUGAAUGCCUCUUCCUGCCUCUUUGCAGGGCAAGUGCCAACAGCAUCUGCUCCUCAGGGAGUGGGGUAGGGCUGGAAGCUGCCCCUGUCUGUGUGGAUGGGGUGGAAUUUGGGGCAGAAACCAGCAAUACAGUAUCAACAUGGUUUACAACAUCAGUCUAAAAGUGGAGCAUCUCUGCCAUUGUUGCUGACAUUGAACCACCCAGGAUUCCCAAGAACUGUUAGAUGGAUUCUGGGUUUCUGACCUGUAGAAGAAUUUCUUGGAAGGCAAUAUCAAAACUCUUGUCUAGUGAAUUCUCUCUCUAGUGGCCUCCUGGCUGGCUAUGCUCAGACUCCACAUCCCUGCUUUACCCAUCCCCCACUCUGUUUCUCCUGAGCUCUGCUGCCACAGAGGUGAGUGACAGAGAAUGGACAGGCUGUGAACAGAAACCAGUCCAGAUUCUGCCAUGGACAGUCUUCUCUACCUUCCAGCAGAAGAAAGUACAGGAAAUGUCAAAAAUCACUGGAUGAAAAAGAAGCCCAGAGAGACUGGAAGGGGGACUACCCUUUGACAGAUAAAAGAACAAAGCCAAACGUGAGCAUCCACUGAGCUUACUGACUUUCCACACCCAGUGCUCUCAUGGCUGGCCAGAGAUGUCCUGUGAUCUUUGUUUGAUGCAGCCUCCAUCAAGAACCUCAUGACUGUCCUCCUUCCACAGGGGCCAUUCCUGAGUGCCUUGUGCAUGAAAUUUGUAUUUGCUGUAGCUGAAACUAAGUACUUCACUUCUGAGUAGCCAUUUCUACUGGCUGUAGUAUUCAGGUUUUAUUUUUAUCCAUAGCUGCACUAUUCACAGAUGUUGGUGUGCUGCUGGCAGGCACUGCCCUCCUGAUUGUAGAGACCACCUCAUGAUCCUGGGAUGAACAGACAUGUAGUAUAAUAAAAACCUGGUAAAGCCAGAUAGCAAUCACAUAAAUAAGUGAAAAUAGCAAAUAAACAUGAAAACUUUAAUCACACUUUAA